AAAUUUUUGGAGAAAAAUGGCCGUGAUCUGGAGAAUCAGAAGCAAUUGAUUGUCCUUCGUAAACGCAUCGCUGAGCUUGAAACCGAAAAUAAUGAACUUCGCGAGAAGUUGGUGAUUGCGUUGAGGAAUAAUUCAAAUAAUUCAACGGAUAAAAGCUGUUCAUCACCUCCGGCCAUUCCACAAGCGCCUUUGCCACCGACAAGUCCAAUCCCUCUAACACCACCAGUCAACUUUCAAACAAACACUCAAAAACUACCAAUAUUAGAACCACCUCCCGUAAAGCCCUCAUCAAGACGUCAUAACCAAAUGAGCAGUCAUUCACCUUCGCUCAUGAAACAGAUCAACGAUAAUGCACCAAAUGUGAUU